AUAGCGCAGAGCACGCGCACAACAGAGGGAGGUCUACAUUCUUAUAUGUCUCUUUACGGUUCAGUGCAAACAAGCGAGAGUUAAAAAAUGGAGAAAAGAUAGAGCAAAGGAACGUAUGCCAAAUGUCCGAGGCUGAAAGACUCUCCAAAAGGGCGUCUGUGAUGUAAAGCAUGGACGUCCCCUCAACUCCUCCGCUGAUCUCUCCGGGUUCUACUCUCUCCGCGAGGCAGUUUGGGACAGACCCGUUUAGCUUCAGCCCGCCCGCUUCUCCUCCGCGAGCGCCCACUGGCUCGCUGAGCGGCUCGACGGUGGCGAACGAAUGCAGACUGGUGGAAGUGCGCGGGCUGAAGGUGGCGUCGUUCCGCGUGGACGGACAGGAGCUGAUCUGCCUCCCGCAGGUGUUCGAGCUCUUCCUGAAGCACCUGGUCGGUGGGCUGCACACCGUCUACACCAAGCUGAAGCGGCUGCGCGCGCGCCCCGUGGUCUGCACCGUGGAGCAGGUGCGCGUGCUGCGCGGGGUGGGCGCCAUCCAGCCCGGGGUCAACCGCUGCAAACUCAUCUCGAGGAGGGAUUUCGAGGCGCUCUAUAACGACUGUACCAGCGCGAGCUCUCGCCCAGGCCGGCCCCCGAAACGCUCUUAUAGAACCAACAUGCAGGACAGUUCAGGACAGCUUCUGCACCAUGGAGCUCCUGGCCUACUCCCCCCAGCCUUCCUGUCACCAAGAGGUCUUACAGCCGCAGCAAUGGCUGAAACAAUGAAGUUACAGAAGAUGAAGAUGAUGAUAAACCUACAUAAAAGCACUAAUGAAAACGGCACACAGUCUGACCCACGGGAGCUCAACUCAAAAACAGUUUCAGAUCUACCAUUCAAGAUGAUUCCUCACCCCCUGCUUCCUGUUAACCUCCCUCGGACCUCUGUUGCCUUGGUGAUGAACCAGAUGAAUCAUUUGAAGACAUUAGCCAAUGUGGUCAGCAGUGCACGGGUGCACAGUCCAAGCACCAGACAAAUCUCUGUUAUCAAGCAGGAGUGUGCUGAAGACAGUCCAUCUCUGACAUCCACUGUGGAUGGAAUGGCCAUGUCCAAAGCUGAUUAUUCACAGAAACAGAGGAGCAGCCCGCCCAGCAGCCCAAAGCAUGCUAAUGUAUAUUCUCCACUAAGUGGGUCUCUGGAGCAGAGAGAGCGGGAAUCGGGUUGCAUCAGAUUUCCCAAGGACACAGUUGAGAAACGCCCAGCUCAAGCCUUGGUCCCCGGAUUCCCUGCUGCGUUCCUGUACACUGAUGGCUCGUCUGUGGAGACGCUUCUUACAAAUGUUCAGGGCUUGCUGAAGGUGGCCCUGGAGAAUGCCCGGCUGCAGGAGAAGCAGCUCCAGCAGGAGAGGAGAGAGCUGAAGAUGGAGCUCUAUAGAGAACGGGAGAUAAGAGAGAGCCUGGAGAGACAGCUCACCACUGAACUGCACAGUCGAGUCACCAUUCAGCGGCGUCUAAGGAAAGAGAAGAAGGCGAAAAGGAGACUGCAGGAGGCCCUGCAGUUUGAGUGUAAGAGAAGAGAGCAGGUGGAGCAGGCCUUACAGCACACUGCCUCACACAUAUUCACACAUGCAGAUAACAGAGAAGGAGUUGGUCUGAAUGUGGAAGUGGAGCACAACAGAGCCCCAGAAGAGAACAGCACAUUACAAGAGAGAAAAGUAUUUACAAAGACAGGAAUGUACUGAGGAAUGAAGACGCAGUAGUGAAAAGUGGCUGUCCUCUACACAUUAUUUGGACAAUUCACAUCUGUACAUCACAAAUUCAGGAGAAGAUUAAUUAUUGGCCUUGAAAUGAUUUACCAGAUAAAAUGCUAAAACACAUAUUCUUCUUUGAAACUGAAGGCAAUGUUUUUUUUAAAUGUUGCAGUACGUUUUUGUUUGUUUAUUUUUCCAUGAAGGAAACUUCUGAUGUCUUACUAUCUGAAGCUUCUUCUAAUUAAA